AACUGAACCUCAUUGGAUGUGGUGAAGCAACCCAAUUACAUGACAGUCCAAAAUCAGCGCUGAGCGCAUCACACCGUUUGGCUCUGGAUCAGUUGCCGCGCAGACGAGAUUCGCAAAGCAUCAACAACUCUUCAAAAUCCAUUUCAUUCAUCCAUUUAACCAUAAUGCAAGUCAAAUGCCUCAUCAUCUGCCUCGGUCUGGGUUUGCUGAUGCUGGCCGCGCCCAUUUGUGAGGCGCGUCGUGGACGUGGUCGUGGUCGCACCAAGUCGAGAGUGCAAAUUGGUUUACCCAUAACAGGCAAAUAUCGUGAUCCUGAAUCCGAUCAAUACUAUAACAAUAAUAAUGGUGCCAAAAUCUUGCAGGCUUCGCAUUUUGAUCUUGAGUACGUGCUAGGCCAUAAGAUAGCCUUUCUGUGUGUGGCCAAAGGAAAUCCUAGACCACACAUCACCUGGUAUAAGGAUGGUGCGGAAAUCUAUCAACAUCUAUAUAUGCAUGUCCAUGAAUGGCGUAUCGGUGAGGAUAAGGUCAAGUCGAAAAUUGAAAUUGAUCCGGCCACACAAAUGGAUGCUGGCCUAUAUGAGUGUACGGCAGAUAAUAUGUAUUCGAUUGAUCGGCGCAGCUUUAAGACAGAUUUCUCCAUUGCCUUCGAUUGAUUGAAUUGUUGUUCUUGUUUGUACUAUAUCGUAUUGUUUAAGUGAUCAGAUGAUGAUGAUGAUGAUGAUGAUAAUAAAUGAUUCUUACAUGAGA